AUGAAGGCGCUCCGCCAACUCGCCCCUGGUAUUAAUCCACUGGUAGUUUUGUCCGCGGGUGCAAAUAGUGAAGCAAUUUCGAGUUUUCCUAGAGCGAGCCAGGGAGGUAUUGUGCAGGGUUACAGCAGCGCAUUGCAGUCUACGUUCGCGAUUGGUAUUCCAUUCGCCGGCGUGGCGCUGUUGGUUAGUUUCUUUAUGCCGUGGUUCAGAUACUAUGAUGCGUCCCAGAAGCCAACCGCCGAAACAGCGUUGACUCAAUCGGAAAAAGGUGAUGUGAUGGAGGGUGGAAAGGGUGAGGCCCUUUUCCUUCAUUUUGGACUCUCCCCUAUCCUCCAGGGCGCAUCCAUAUCAAUGGAUCCCUUUUCUAUCGCGACUGGCGUUGCCGGUCUCGUUUCGCUUGGCCUGACAGUCUCAGGCGGACUAAUUCAAUAUUGUAGAGACUAUAAGUCCCAAGAUACAGACCUCGUUAAAUUGACGCAACACGCCCAAGAGCUUGAAUCAUUACUCGGCCUUAUUGAGAGUCGAACUACUGGGUCACGGAGUCCUAAUGGGGAUAUCACUACUUCAUUGCAAAACUGCCAAGAUGCUUGCGACGCCUGCCUACGAGAUUUUAAACGGCUGAAUGCUAAGUACACCGGCUUGAAGCCUGGCCAGACCUUCAAAGGACGUGGCCGGAAACUCCUUCACGAUUUGAAAUAUCCAUUUGACAAAGGGAAGUUUGAUGAUUGUCGGUCUCAGCUUCAAGAGUUCAAUGCCAGGUUACUCGGGUACUUGCAAUUAGUUAACCUCGACCUUACUCGAGACAUGAGGUGCACUAUGAUUCUCGAAUUUGCGCAAGUUACUACAGCUGUCGACUCCGCAGCUAGACAACUUCAAUCUUCUAUCUCAAAUGUCAACAAUGCGGUGACCAGCACGAUACGUGAUCGCGUCGACCAGCUAGAAGAUUCAUUCCAACGAAGCCUUCAGAAGACCGAGAGCAAUAUGAUAAAUUCCAUGACAGUUGGUCUACGUUGUCUGCCCGAUAACUUUGGAGAGAAGCAAGAAAGGAAGAUGUCAGUUAUUACUCAUCAACUAGAACAGCUUCUCCAGAUAGUGCAAACCCAGAAUACGGCACAGACAACAAAUACCUCAGUCGAAAGCCGAAUAACAUUGGAUAUACACAGCACAAACAAUACUUGCCAAGAUAGAAGCACUAUGAAGACAUCAUCUUCAGUAAUGUCUGGAAGAGCUAUUCUCUGCGAUUGCCCAAAAGCGCGGCACGGGUACUCAAGUACGCGACAUCGAAAAGAUUGCCUAUAUUCGUUUACCAAUAAGAAGAAACGGACUUUCUCUACGAAGUUUCAAGCUUUCCGACACCAAGUUAUCUGGACAUGGCAAGUCGAAUACUCUCCACUGGCGUGGGCUCGAAGUUGGCAAAUACACCGCAAUCUCACGCUUCGAGCCACUGUACCAGACAGCGCUCCUGCGUUUACGAUCGCGUCAGAAAUAAGAUCCAAUAUUGUCUUCGAAGAGAUAGUCACCCUACAAGAAUUAGGAAGCGCCCUCCAAGAUUACUUAGUUAAACUUCAACAAAUAUUUACAAACGGCAAGGGGUGGCCGACGGAUGUGAAUGAAUCUGGACGGAACUUGAUGCAUGAGACUCUACACUUGAUUUAUUGGUAUCUUGGUCGGUUGGAAUUAACAAGAGACGAAGAACUCCCAACUGUCAUCUUACAGUUCAUAAACACUUUGGUUCUUAUGGGAGUGCCGAUCAAUGAUGUUGACAGAAAUGGGCGUACACCUCUACGAAUGACGAUAUCAUGUGCUACCUGUUUCAAUAAUAAGGCCUUACCCAUACAGGCCCACCUGAUCAAUAAGUUAAUAGAUAUGGAAGCUACGGUUGGCGAAAGCUACAAACCCAAUGAUAUCCUUAACUCAUUAGCCUUGAAUAGCCCUGGCCUAUUUUAUAACUUUAGUUGCACUGAAUUCUUAUAUGAAGUGCUGCUUCGCUCAGAAUCUAGCUUCGUUCGCCUCCGUGCCGACCCUUCUCUGAUAUUCGAGCGCACCAGGGAUGGCCAAACAGCAUUCCACCUGGCCGCCAACUGGCCUAAAGGCAUCUCGACUCUGAUCGAAUCUGCGGGCUGGGCGAUAAAAUCUAUAAUCAAUGCCGAAGAUAAAUCCGGAUAUACCGCUCUAGAAUACGCAAUACAAAUAGGUGAACCAGGUUCCGUUCGACUAUUACUUGAUGCUGGGGCGAUUAUUACAGGGCGUGUAAUCGUUUUCCUUCAAGGUAGAGAUGAUCAAGUACGGGGGGUGCUGCAGAUCGUAAUCCCAUAUCUCGUACAACGACAAAACGGAUUGUUGAAGCUUGCACUACAAAACCUUCCAGCCGAGCUGAUCGACAAGCUUAGAUUGAAGGAAGAUGAAAUCCUUGACUUUGACGACAAAGCAUUCGAUGUUGCCGAAGCUCUCAGGCAACAACAAGUCCCAAUACCCGACAUCUACCACAUCCCAAAAUUCAGCCCCGUCUACCAUCUGCUCCCUAACGCUACCUUUAUUGUCAUGACCCAGAUGUUAUUCGACGCCGGAUUUCACAGGACAAAUACAGCUUUUGCCGGAUAUACCCCACUAAUGACCAUAGAUUACUUCUCCCAGAAUGAUUUCGCUUCCUAUUUAGAGCUGGUCUGCUGGUUCGAAGAUCACGGCGCUGACCUCCAUACGCCAAUUCCUAUCUCUGGGCGUUAUACCUUCGCAUCUAAUCCAGAAGGACUAGCUCCAUUUCACCCAACUAUGCAUAAAAUAUUGCAUGGGCUAGGUCAAAUAGCAUUCGAUUCAAUAAAUAUGAAUACGAAAUUGUCCACGAAAAUUCUGACUCGAUUCGCAAAGGUACUUCAAGACGAAUACGCAGAUCCUUGUCGUUGCUAUUGCACUCUUAGCGGGUGCACUUCGGCUUCAAAGUACGCGCAUGGGUUUGAAGAUUGCGACGAGUUUUCCGCUCUAGAAGUGUCAAAUUGGCUAAAAAUAGCCGAGCGAGGAACGAUUGGCGAUAAUCAAAAUACAGUAGUGUUAAGCUUGCUCCGCGUCAUGACAUUUGACAAACUUAGUAUGAAGCAUACCUGCUGUAGCUACGAAAAGUAUGACAGCUUCCAAGAAUCCAUUGAGCAAGGGUUGCUCAUUCUCAUGGAGCCAGAAGAUAUUGAAGAAAUACGACAGGAAGACCGAUAUCUAGCAGAACAGUUGGACUCUUUAAUGGGGGAGUUUGAGGAAGAACUACAAGAGAUGGAUGUGCCAUUAAGUAGGUUUAUAGAGGAAUACUGGUGUCCUAGGAUGGAUGAGGUGAGGGAGGAGCGUGAUGAGUUGUCGGCUGGGGCGUUGCAUGCUAUAGAGGAGAUCGGUGUCGUGUUAAAUAAAUCUUGA